AGCAGUCGAUCCCCACGUGGGGGAAUGCAGUUUGCGAUUGGCCGGGCGGAGCUGGAGCUGCUUGCAGGAGUCCGAACCCACGUGGAGGUGGCGGCCGCUGAUUGAGCCGGAGGGAGGGGCUGCACCGAGCACCGGGAGACUGGGCCCGACUGGAGAUCGGCUCCUCCUACCCUCGGGGUCCGGACCGAUUGCACAAACCGAGACAGUCCCACUACCUCCUUCAAAGAUGUUCCCUCAAAACAGACCUCCGACUCACCUACAAGCCUCAGUGGCAGCAGGAGCAGCAUCUGGCCCCCCUCAGAGCCUCAAACUUACCUACCCUGAGACUUUGGACCGUAUCAAGGAGGAAUUUCAGUUUCUGCAGAGUCAGUACCACAGUUUAAAGCUGGAGUGUGAAAAGCUGGCAACAGAAAAAACAGAGAUCCAGCGUCAUUAUGUCAUGUACUAUGAAAUGUCUUAUGGGCUGAAUAUAGAAAUGCACAAACAAACAGAAAUUGCCAAGCGGCUGAAUGUAAUUUGUGCCCAGCUGGUACCUUUCCUUUCUCAGGAGCACCAACAACAGGUUGUCCAGGCUGUAGAACGAGCUAAGCAGGUGACUAUGGCAGAGCUGAAUGCAGCCAUCGGGGUACGUUUCAUUCCCCCUCAACUGACUGUGCACCAGCUGCAGGCCCAGCACCUCUCUCACCAUGCACCUCCAAUCCCUUUAACCCCACAUCCAUCCAGCCUGCAGCCCCCGGGACUUGCUGCCGCAACCAGUGCCUCAAGCCUAUUGGCACUGUCUGGUGUUCUUGGCCUUCAGACACAACUGGCUGUGAAAGAGGGCCUUGCGGAUGCAGAACACAGAGAGAGAGACCCAGGGCCUAGCUGUGUAACUCUUCCUAAUGGAGAGCGGGUGCGCACUCUGUCAGAUUACCUAAACAGCAACAAGAAGCGGAAAACAGAAGAAAAGGAUUUUGGCACAGACUAUGGUAGUGAUGCUGACCGCAGCGAAGAUAAUUUGGUGGUUGAUGAGGAUCCUGCUUCUCCUCAUAGUGUCCAUUCUUACUCCUCUCGGGAAAAUGGUGUGGACAAACCUAGUCUACAGAGAAAAGACCCUCCACCUGCAAGCCCAAACUCCAUGACCUCUUCCAGUAGUGUGUCUCCCUCCAGAAGCAAAGACAUUCCCUCUCAGCAAGUGGAGAAGGCAGGGACCCCUGGCUUAAAGUCUAGCACUCCUAAUUCACAGAGCGAUAUGAAUACACCGGGCCCAAGUGGAACCAGUGCUUCACAGUUUAGGUCUAUCUCCUCCAAACCAGCCAUUGACUCAUUAGCUCUUGGACUGCGGACUCCAUUAGGGGGGCAGGGAGGUUAUCCUGCUGCAUUUAGCAUUGCUCACCCGUCUGUGAAUGCAGAUGGUGCUGGUGCCUAUGCUGGGUUGCACCUCAUGUCUCCACAAAUUAAUGGUGCCACUGCAGCUGGAACCUAUGGACGAUCUCCUUUAGUCAGCUAUGACCCCCAUGCUCACAUGAGAGGAUUGGGUGCUGCAAUUCCAGGGUCUGCAUCAGGAAAACCGGCAUACUCUUUUCAUGUCAGUGCAGAUGGACAAAUGCAGCCAGUUCCCUUUCCCCCAGAUGCUCUUAUCGGCUCAGGAAUUCCACGGCACGCACGUCAGCUCCACGUACUGAACCAUGGGGAGGUAGUCUGUGCGGUGACAAUAAGCAACUCAACACGCCAUGUCUAUACUGGAGGCAAAGGCUGUGUUAAAGUGUGGGAUGUUGGCCAACCGGGUACAAAGACUCCUGUGGCACAGCUUGAUUGCCUGAACCGUGACAAUUACAUUCGCUCCUGUAAACUUCUGCCUGAUGGACGCAGCCUCAUUGUUGGCGGGGAAGCCAGCACCUUGUCCAUCUGGGACUUGGCAUCUCCUACCCCUAGAAUAAAGGCAGAGCUUACAUCCUCAGCCCCAGCCUGCUACGCUCUUGCUAUUAGCCCUGAUGCCAAAGUUUGCUUCUCUUGCUGCUCUGAUGGAAACAUUGUAGUGUGGGACCUUCAAAACCAGACCCUUGUCAGGCAGUUUCAGGGCCAUACGGAUGGCGCCAGCUGCAUAGAUAUCUCUCACGAUGGUACAAAAUUAUGGACUGGGGGAUUGGAUAACACAGUGCGAUGCUGGGACCUGAGGGAGGGCAGACAGCUCCAACAACAUGACUUCAAUUCACAGAUCUUUUCUCUGGGGUAUUGCCCCACUGGGGAAUGGCUGGCUGUGGGCAUGGAGAGCAGCAAUGUUGAGGUUCUGCACGUUUCCAAACCUGAUAAGUACCAACUGCAUCUUCACGAGAGCUGUGUCCUGUCCCUGCAAUUUGCUUCUUGUGGGAAAUGGUUUGUGAGUACUGGGAAGGACAAUUUGCUAAAUGCUUGGAGGACGCCAUAUGGGGCCAGCAUAUUCCAGUCAAAAGAAUCCUCUUCUGUUCUGAGCUGUGACGUUUCCACUGAUGACCAAUUCAUUGUCACAGGUUCUGGAGACAAAAAGGCGACAGUAUAUGAGGUUAUCUACUGAAGUCUCCUCCCUUUCUACUCUUGGGGUUUCCCUUCCAUUGCACGGACCCUCUAGGGAUGCCCCAAAGGUCCCUUGGGUUAGUUCUGUUUUUAGGUGUAUAUUUUAUCUGUACUGGGCAGCGUGUAUUUAAUAAUAAAAUCAGAGAAAAGUACUGGCCUCCUGUGUCUGACACCUGAAGUCGAAAGGGCUGAGAAUGUAUGAAAUGCAUGGAGAUGACAAUGGAAGAAAUGACAGUCUUCCCAGCAAAAAAAAAAAGUAGCAAUAUUUUUCUUAGCUACACUGAUGAAUGCCAUAAAAUUCCUAUUAUAAUAAAUGAGCAUAGUAUAUUUUGUAGUAAGUUAAAUAUAUUUGACUGAAACAUUACAACUGCAGCUCAUGCCAGCUAUAAUCUACUGAAGAAGAUGAACAAAAAUGAAAUAUUUUACAGAAUUGCAAAGAAAAAAAAAACUUGCAGGCCCAACUUGCCUUUUCCCACCUACCCUUGCGUUGUGUUGCUAAGUCUAAUGAGAAUUUCUCCUCAAACCUCAGACACCAAGCAGUUACUAAAUGUUUUACUAUUUUUUUUUUUUUUUUUGUACUCUGUGGUCAGGAUAUGAACCCCAGGGUACCAAGCUUAGAACAAAGGGCAGGAGCUUUAUCUUCAGAUUGUCAAAAUAUAAACUUUGUUAUUAAGGUGUGUGACUUUUUUUUAGUAAAUAUGUAUUCUUUUUCUAAUGUUUGGACCCUGAAUUACUCCGGGGCCCCUUAUGCUUAGCUUGGAGCUUAGCAGGAAGUGGCUAGGCUUUCUGUAUGCACUUCAGCAUAUGAAGGGAUGGUGACUCUAAAGCCAAAAUAAACGUUGCUGCACUGUGUAUCACUAUUUUUUCCUGUAGCUAAGAAGCUGAACACGCGUACCCCGACUGAAUCAGUGAAAUAGGCCCUCUGGCUG